AAAAUCACAAUUUGCAUUUUUUAUGCUGCACGUGAAAAACUAUUUAAGAAGUAAAGUUUUGGAAAAGUAUUUGGUACGUUCACACCGGUUGAUAAAGAAUAUUUGUUCGAAUAUGCCGGAAGUAAAGUGUGUUCUUAAGUUUGCCAAGUUGACCGAAAAUGCCUUUGCCCCUACCAAAGGUUCAGCGAAGGCGGCUGGAUAUGAUUUGAGAAGCGCUUACGACUACACCGUUCCUGCGCGCGGCAAGCUGCUGGUGAUGACCGACAUUCAGGUGCAGGUUCCGGAGGGAUGCUACGGCCGGGUGGCGCCUCGUUCCGGACUGGCAGUGAAAAACUUCAUCGACGUCGGAGCCGGAGUAGUUGACGAAGAUUAUCGCGGAAACGUCGGUGUUGUGCUGUUCAACCAUGGCGAGGCAGCUUUCGAGGUCAAGAAGGGCGAUCGUAUCGCCCAAUUCAUUUGCGAAAAGAUAGCUUACCCCGAGCUGGAAGAGCUGCCUUCGCUUACCGAUACCGAACGAGGCUCAGGAGGAUUUGGUUCCACGGGCACCAAUUGAUGCACACUCAUUCCGUUUUCGUUCGUUACGUUCGAUUCUUAAGAAUAUAAGCUAUCCGUUUAAGAAAAGGUC